UGGACUAGUUGGCCAGUUGGCAAGCAGGGUGGUGUGAGGUGGUAGGUACAGAAGUUGUGUCUGGAACGUGGUGGAAAGGCAAGGUUGUUUCGAUCGGUAUUAAAGGAAAACGGUAGCUCGCGCAGUCGGCCGAGAGACUGAGCAUCGAGAGGAUCUCUGGGAAGGCUCGUGCAGCAGUGGGAGGAACGGGCGUUUAGAGUGUGUAAAGAAGUUUCGGAGUCGUGUGUCAGAGUCAACGGGGAAAGUUGUAACUCGGUGCAAUAAUGUUUCACGUAAGAAGAUUGACGAGGACGUCGAUCGCCUUGAAACAAGCACCGACAAACAAUGAUAUUAUUCACAAUACGUUGAUACGUGUCGUGCCGGCAUUUCAAACACGCGGUUACGCGGAUCAUCAGAUACCCGACCGUUUGAAAGAUAUCCCAACGGAUCCGAACCCGAAGUUCUUCGACAUGGUCGAAUACUUCUUCCAUCGUGCUUGUCAGAUUGUCGAGGAUAAACUGGUCGAAGAUAUCGGCAAGCGUUCCAGGGUAACCGUGGAAGAAAGGAAGAAAAAGGUGAAGGGUAUUUUGAUGCUGAUGGAACCAUGUGACCAUAUCCUCGAGACUUCUUUCCCUCUAAGACGUGACUCUGGCGACUACGAAAUGAUCACUGGUUACCGCGCUCAGCAUUCCACUCACAGAACACCUUGCAAAGGAGGUAUCCGUUUCUCGAUGGACGUAUCGCGGGAUGAGGUGAAGGCUUUGUCCGCGCUAAUGACUUUCAAGUGCGCUUGCGUGGACGUUCCAUUCGGCGGGGCCAAAGCCGGUAUCAAGAUUAAUCCGAAAUUGUACUCGGAACACGAGCUCGAGAAGAUCACCAGGCGAUUCACGUUGGAGCUCGCGAAGAAAGGAUUCAUCGGACCCGGCGUCGAUGUUCCCGCCCCCGACAUGGGAACCGGCGAACGCGAGAUGUCUUGGAUCGCUGACACGUACGCGAAAACGAUCGGUCAUCUGGACAUCAACGCGCACGCCUGCGUCACCGGCAAGCCGAUAAACCAAGGCGGUAUUCACGGUCGUAUAUCCGCGACCGGACGUGGUGUCUUUCACGGAUUGGAGAACUUUAUCAAUGAAGCGAACUAUAUGAGCAUGAUCGGCACUACACCCGGCUGGGGAGGGAAAACGUUCAUCGUCCAAGGUUUCGGUAACGUUGGUCUCCACUCGAUGCGUUAUUUGCACCGUGCCGGUGCUGUUUGCAUAGGAGUAAUCGAACACGAUGGUGCUAUCUACAAUUCCGAAGGCAUCGAUCCGAAGCUACUGGAAGACUAUCGCAUAGAAAACGGUACUAUCGUGGGCUUCCCUGGUGCUAAGCCGUACGAGGGUGAGAAUCUAAUGUACGAGCCAUGUGACAUAUUUAUACCCGCCGCCGUAGAGAAAGUUAUUACCAAAGAGAACGCCUCGUGCAUUCAGGCUAAGAUCAUAGCCGAAGCUGCCAACGGACCAACUACCCCUGCUGCCGAUAAGAUUCUGAUAGACAGAAACAUUCUCGUCAUACCGGAUUUGUACAUCAACGCUGGUGGUGUCACAGUCUCGUUCUUCGAAUGGUUGAAGAAUUUGAACCAUGUAUCGUAUGGUCGGCUAACAUUCAAGUACGAGAGAGAAUCGAACUAUCAUUUGUUAGAGUCCGUACAAGAGUCUCUAGAACGUAGGUUUGGCCGCGUUGGUGGCCGUAUUCCCGUUACACCAUCCGAGGCGUUCCAGAAACGUAUUUCCGGUGCUUCUGAGAAGGAUAUCGUACAUUCUGGUUUGGAUUACACGAUGGAAAGAUCUGCCAGGGCUAUCAUGAAAACAGCAAUGAAAUUCAACCUUGGUUUGGAUUUGAGGACAGCCGCUUACGCAAAUUCAAUCGAGAAGAUCUUCACCACUUACUCCGAAGCGGGUCUCGCAUUUUAAGUAUACCCGGUAUCCGAGUAUCAAUUAAAUCGCAUGAAUUCAGAUCAGUAACGAGACGUCUGUAAGAAAUCAUGAGCCAGUAUUUUAAAAAAGCUGUUCACGAUAUCUCCCAGCUGGUGUUGUCCAGUCGCGGUGACAAUAGACCAAAACUAGCAGCGGAAUCGUAUCGUGUACAUCGUCGUACGAUAGGUUUCUCGAGUGCAUCGUAAUUAAUAAUUUGCCUAAACGAAUUCCUUCGCGCGUAUACACGUUGUACGUACGUACACGGCACGCGAAAAUGGCGUGCAACCGGACGCGUGUAAACCGUCGUUCAGAAGAAAGUAUUCAUACCUUUAUCCCUCGAACGGAGUACAAGACCGAUCGACACAACGUUAGUGCAUUUUUAUAUAUCACUUGUUAUUCAAUGUAACUUUAAGAAUGCUUCGUGCAAAAAUCGUCGAGACGCGAACGAUCGUUUGUAAAGAUCAGUAUUCCCUUCGGCACACGGUCCUUGAUAUUAUCGUAUCCACGAGAAACAGUUUCGAGAUGUAAUUUACAAUUAAGACUCCUUUCUACGGAAUCAGAGAGCGCGAUUUAUCGUACAGUAAUAUUGUUACCAACUUAAAAAGGGUAUGUCA